AUGAAAACAAUAGAACAUUGGACAAGCACUCUUAAAACACUAGAUGUUUUUUGGAAGUUAUGGAUUAUAGAAGAUUAUCUCGCAAGUUUAAGAGAACGCCUACAAAAAGAGGUACAUUCCCUUAGACUUAUAGAGCAUAGAUUGCCACAAUCGCGAACAAUUGCAAAUGGACUUCCGGAAUACCUUUUAACAUCCCACACAAAUGGAAUUGUGAGGAAAUCAUCAAUCAAACAUUACGUUGCACAAAGCGGAGGUGCACGUACGCGCCCACACCAUGUAACUUCACCAAUCUCGUUCCAAUUUUGUCAGUUAAUGCAUCUUCAAAAAGGGAUUGAUGGAAUCACAUUAUUCUAA